CAGUGGUGAUAAAAUUCCGAUAAAAUUUGUAAAUAUUCAAUUGAUAUCGCAACAUGGCUUCAAAUUUUUGCACCUUAUCAUUAGGCCAGCUUAAAACGGAGCUAAGGCGACGCAAUGCAAAGUUGACUGGACGGAAGAAGGAAUUAAUCGAAAGACUGGAGGCAUAUGACAGGAACCAGAAUUUCAACAGGGAAGAAGAUCUUCUACCAGAAUUCAACAUGAGCCUGCCCAAGACUAGUGGAUACAGAGAUGUAAAUUCAGAUGCUAAAAUAGCACCAAUAACAAUGGAGAAGGCCAUCGAAUACAUGGGCCAGUACCGGGUGGAGUUUGAUGCGAAGGUAAAAGACCUGUACGACGACAAGUUUCUUCUUUACAUGCGACUGUUUUCGGUACCAUCUCUGGACAUUGUUCGUGGGGCAUGUAAAGCAGAAAUGAGGAAGAAGGUUAAUUAUGUUGUAGACAUUUCUUUACACAAGAAUGGAUAUAUUCAUGAAGCACAGUGUGAAUGUGGUGCAGGAGAAGGCCCAUUUGGACAUUGCAAACAUAUUAGAACUAUGAUAUAUGCAUGUUGUAAAUUUGUUAAAGAUGGAUAAUUUAAAGUUGAGACAACAUGCACAGAAAAAUUGCAGUCAUUUCACAAAGCAAAAAAGCAUACUGGUUCCCCCCUUAAGGCUCGAGAUUUAAACAUGGGCGGUGCAGAUAUUUGUGACAUUAAAAUUUUUGACCCUCGGCCACAAAAAUUCCGUAAAGUUGAUGGAUAUCAAGACUAUUUUCACAAUAUUUGUAUGAAUUUUAGGGGUAUAUCAAAGACACCAAUUUUUCAAACAUUCAGCCCAGCCAAAAUUCGUGCAAUUUCCAAUGACCAUGAUUAUUUUGAAGUAUCUCAUGAAGACAAUUUCCUGAAACAAUGUAAAAUAAACAAACUAAGUGACAAGGACAGGGAUGACAUUGAAAUGUACACUAGGGAACAAAACAAAAACGACCAAUGGUUUGAAGAACGAGAGAAAAUAAUUCAGUCAUCUAAUUUUCACCGUGUGUGUACCGCAACAGAAAGAACCAACUUAAAUGACUUGCAAAGUCCUUUGUUCGGGGAAAAGGAUUAAAACCUACAGAAACAAUGCGCCAUGGAAUAUAGUAUGAAAAGGAGGCCAUCCAUCAAUAUGAAAGCAAAAAUAAUGUCAAAGUAAAACCAUGUGGGAUAUUUGUAUAAAAAAACCUUCCGUUUUUAGGUGCAUCACCCGAUGGCAUUGUAGAUGAAAACCUACUUAUUGAAGUUAAGUGCCCCUUCAGUGCUAAACACAAAAAAAUAUCACCAGUCACUGAGCCAUACUUGAAAGAGACAAAUGGAAAUCUGACUUUGAGUACUAAGCAUCCAUAUUAUUUUCAAAUUCAGGGUCAGCUGUUCUGUGCUGAAAGACAAUUUUGUGACUUGGUAAUAUACACCUUGAGUGAUAUUUUGUUCACUAGAAUUCAUCGGAAUGAGAACUUUAUUGCACACAUGAUAUGCAAGCUUGAACAGUUCAAUACUUCACAUUUCAGAGCCGCAAUUCUUGGAAAGUACUUUUAUUAAACAUAAGUGUUUUGAACUGUUUUAUAACAACUUAAAGCUGCACCCUCACAGAUUGACAGUUUUGAAAUAUAUUCAUUUCUUUUAUCUUAGAAUAAGUCUUAUAAGAUAGUUCACAAUAGAAUAUAUCUAAUUUAUUUGGAAACUGUUAGAAUAAAUUUCAGUCUUUUAAAGUUUUAGUUUGAGAGUGCAGCUUUAACACUGACUUCGUUGAUUGAAAAAUAUUUGUGAACAAUGUAUCAUUGUGAAACACUUGUUUCCAUUUACCAGCUGUAUAUAUGUAUAAGGUCUUAGUUGAAUGUAAAAAAAAUAAUAAUGGUUUAAUGUUUUAUUUGUAUUAUUUUUUAUCUGGUUUAUCAAAUAGAAUGGACUGGUGUCUUUACAGUAACACGUGAAAGGUAGCAGAUUGGUCGAGUAUAAAGAUGAUGAGUAUUAUGCUUCAACUGGUUUUUGAAUCUAAAUAUUAAAUGAAAAUCAAUGUUACAUAUAAAUCCCAAAUUUUAUUAUCACUAAUGUGCAAGUAGUGCACACCUGCCACAGAUUGUUUAAAUACUUUGACCUCAUGUCAUAUCCAAUGAUUUUUAAAAAAAACUUCGGCUUCAACAUAAGUAUAUAGCUGAUGAGCUUUUAGGCGACAAACGGAUUCAUGUGUACGUCUCAGAGUGGUAAUCAUCUACCAACAGCAUCCGGAUUAAGUUUGCAAAUCCGGAAUUUUUGCAAACUUAUUUUUUUUAUUUUUCACCCAAUGUUUUUUAUUUUUGUAUUUUUAAAAUGUGUUAGGUAAUACUAAUAAGAGAUAUUUUUUGUUUCCUGAAAUUUAAUUUAGAAAUAUGUUUUUUUGGCAUUUAAAGUCAACUUUUCCAAUGGGAUCCCAUUGGAAAAUGGCCUUCCCAUUGGAAAAAUGGUUUUUCCAAUUGGAAAA